AUGGAGAACUGCUGGAUGUUUACGGACUUACAAAACAAGUAUCGCGGUUACAUUCUUUUCCUCACCUUCCUCUUCUACACGGCCUACCAUCUGUCACGGAAACCUAUCAGCAUUGUUAAGAGUGAGCUUCACAGAAACUGUUCCACAGUCAUUCGGCCAGCAGACUUUAACGUAACCGACAAUGCUACAUGGUGCGACUGGGCGCCCUUUGACCAGGACAACUAUAAGACGCUGUUUGGGGUCUUGGAUAACUCCUUCCUGGUUGCCUAUGCCAUCGGCAUGUUUUUCAGUGGGAUGUUCGGAGAGCGCCUCCCUCUGCGUUACUACCUGAGUUUUGGUAUGCUGGGGAGUGGAUUGUUCACAUGUCUGUUCGGCCUCGGCUUCUACUGGAACAUCCACUCGUUAGGGUACUACGCCUUCAUCCAGGUCAUGAACGGGCUCAUGCAGACCACCGGUUGGCCUGCAGUGGUGGCAUGUGUCGGCAACUGGUUUGGAAAGGGGAAGAGAGGAUUCAUCAUGGGUGUCUGGAACUCCCACACCUCAGUGGGCAACAUCUUGGGCUCCCUUAUCGCAGGAGCCUUCGUGUCCUCGGCGUGGGGAAUGUCCUUCAUCGUCCCUGGACUUAUCAUCGCCUCCACUGGGAUCCUGUGCUUCUUCUUCCUGGUUGAGAAACCCGAAGACGUCAACUGCACUCCUCCUCAGCACCAUAGCGAACAGGAGAGCGGCGAGACGGAGCCUCUCCUGCAGAACUCGUCCCAUGUGGAGAGAUCGGUCAACGGUGCCAUCGCCACCGAGCCCGCAGAGGUUGUCGUUGUUGAGGAGCACCCUGAGGCCAUCAGCUUCUGUGGGGCUCUCAGUAUACCUGGAGUGGUGGAGUUCUCUCUCUGCCUGCUGUUCGCCAAGCUGGUCAGCUACACUUUCCUCUACUGGCUUCCUCUCUACAUCUCAAAUGUUGCCCAUUUUGAGGCAAAACAGGCAGGAGACAUGUCAACGCUGUUUGAUGUAGGAGGAAUCGUGGGAGGGAUCGCGGCAGGCCUUGUGUCUGACUACACAGGUGGGAGAGCGACAACUUGCUGCGUCAUGUUGAUUGCUGCUGCCCCAAUGCUUUUCCUCUAUAAUUACAUCGGACAAAGGAGCAUUGGUACUACAGUCGGUAUGCUGCUGUUGUGUGGAGGCCUGGUGAACGGACCGUACGCCCUCAUCACUACUGCUGUAUCUGCUGACCUGGGAACACACGAGAGCCUGAGAGGAAACUCCAGGGCGUUGUCAACGGUGACAGCAAUUAUUGACGGCACUGGAUCAAUAGGAGCUGCGGUGGGUCCUCUGUUGGCCGGUGUGAUCUCUCCCACCGGCUGGAACAACGUCUUCUACAUGCUCAUCUCUGCCGACGUCUUGGCUUGCCUGUUUUUGUCCAGGCUCGUUUUCAAAGAAGCUCAGGGUUGGUGUGGACGUGCCCCCCAAGCCAGAGGGUUCAAAGAAAUCUGAAACACACACAGAAUCAAACCGGGACCCAAACACAAAAAAGAGGGAGACAAUGCUGAAACUCAGCGUACCGUUGGAGACCUCUUUCCAUUUAGGCUGAGAGGAAACCAGAGGAGGCACAGUGGAAGAUUCAAGGCACUAAACUGACGAUUGAUGCCUUCUUAUUGUAAAACAGAGAAAUAUGUCUUUAUGGAGACAACGCUUUUUUUUAUGACUAAUCUACUCAUUCGAACUUUGUUUGUUUUAAUAUUCUUUUAUCAUUAAAAGUGUACAUAAUGGGAAUUUUCUUAA